CCCUCCCCCCCUCGGAGCGGGAGUCUGUUUUUCGCCGGAGCGGCUGGAGGAGCGCGGAAGCGGCAGAGCGAUGCUGACAGCGCGGCAGGAUGUCUUUCACCUUCCCGUGCGCGUGGUUCCGGACGGACCGAACCUUCCGAACCCUCCUCGUCCUGCAGCUCCUCCUGGUUCCACAGUGCCACCUGCACCCCCAGCCCUGCCACCUCCUGGCGCAGAUCGGACACGCGGUGCGCGUUGGUGCGCUCCUGCCGGCGCAGCGGGACGCUCGACUCCAGGUCCAGGCGGCGUUGAACCGCGCAGCGGCCGCUCUGAGCCGGGACCGGGACCGGGACCGGGACCGGGACCGGGACCGGGACCGGGACCGGGACACGGAGCGGGUGAACUUCCUGCCCUACAACCUGAGCCUGGACCUGGUGUCCCGGCAGCUGGCCGCGGCGGACCCGGAGUCUCUGAUCCGGUGCGCGUGUCAGCGCGUGCUGGUGCAAGGAGUGUCCGCCGCGCUCGCCUUCCCGCGGAGCCGCGAGGAGCUGCUCCAAGUGGACCUGCUGGCCUCGGUUCUGCAGCUUCCAAUCAUCAGCGUCAUCGAACACGCAGAGCCGCUGCGCAUGCAGAACCAGUUCCACCUGCAGAUGAUGACUGGGGUUCCAGAGUCGACUCUGUCUGAGUUGUUGCUGACAGUUCUGCAGCGGUCCGGCUGGAAGGAGGGAACCGUGGUUCUCUGCCGAGGCUGGGAGGAGGCAGGUGGCCUCCUGCGGUUCCUGGACUCGCAGACCUUUGCUCUCUGGGACGGUGCAGGCGAGGUUCCCUGGCGGCUGCAGGCCCUGCUGAACCUGACGCAGGCCGCCGACGACGACACGCAGAUCCACGACUUCCUGUCCCGACAUUUCAGACAGAACCAUCCCCCGCCUGCGUCGGUGCUGCUUUUCGGAUCGGACCCGCAGUGCGCAGCUGCAGUUCUGCGCAGUGCUCAGGACCUUGGGCUGACUUUACCCAUGGUGCACUGGGUUCUGGGCCAGCCGCUCAGCCCCGACGUGCUGCACACUAUUGGCCUGCCUCUGGGCCUGCUGGCCUACGGGGAAGUGGACCAGAAACCGCUUGACUUCUAUGUCAAAGAUGCCCUGCAGCUGAUCAGCAGAGCUGUCGCUGCAGCUGCCCUGGUGAGACCAGACCUGGCUCUGAUCCACAACUCGGUGAGCUGCUACGACACACCAGAAGUGGCAACAUCAGGACAAUACCUGUCCAGGUUCUUGGCCAACACCUCCUUCUCUGGACUCACAGGUCCAGUUCGAGUUGAUCACAACUGGUCUCUGGUGCUGACCUCACAGCGAUUCCACAUCUGGAGCCUGCGGCGGGAUGCACUGGGGCAACCCGCAUGGGUGACGGUGGGAAGCUGGGAGAGGGGCCAGCUGCAGGUCGAGGACCAGGAGGUGUGGCAGGGACCUAAACCCCGACGCCCUACCGAGGGGCUGAACGGGGGGAGCGGGGGCCUCUGGAGGCCUGGCAUGCCUGUGGCGGGCACUCGGGUCCGAGUGGUGACCCUGGUGGAGCAUCCCUUCGUGUUCACACGGGAUGUGGAUGAUGAUGCCAGCUGCCCUGCAGGUCAGUUCUGUCUGGACGCCGGCACCAACGAUUCAGAGACUCUGGAGCAGUACUUCAGGGAGGUGGCGGCUGGGAACGGCAGCUCGCUGCCUCUGGAGUACAGGAAGUGUUGCUACGGUUACUGUAUUGACCUGCUGGAGAAGCUUGCAGAGGACCUGGGUUUCGACUUUGACCUUUACAUCGUCGGAGACGGGAAGUACGGCGCGUGGAAGGGGGCUCGCUGGACGGGGCUGGUGGGGGAUCUCCUGAAUGGUCUGGCAGACAUGGCCGUCACCUCUUUUAGCAUCAACUCUGCCCGCAGCCGCGUGAUUGACUUCACCUCACCCUUCUUCUCCACCAGCCUGGGCAUCCUGGUGCGCAGUAAGGACACAGCAGCCCCCAUCGGGGCCUUCAUGUGGCCGCUGCAUUGGUCCAUGUGGGUGGGCAUCUUCCUGGCCCUCCACAUCACGGCCCUCUUCCUGACCCUGUAUGAGUGGAAGAGCCCGUUUGGGAUGACACCGCACGGUCGCAACCGGGUGAGGGUGUUCUCCUAUUCUUCAGCUCUAAAUCUGUGCUACGCCAUCCUGUUUGGGCGUACCGUGUCCUCCAAGACACCAAAGUGCUGGACAGGUCGCUUUCUAAUGAACCUGUGGGCCAUCUUCUGCCUGCUGGUGCUGUCCAGCUACACUGCCAACCUAGCAGCUGUCAUGGUGGGGGAGAAGACCUUUGAGGAGGUCUCAGGGAUCCAUGAUACCAAGCUGCACCAUCCAUCGCAGGGCUUCCGCUUUGGGACGGUGAGAGAGAGCAGCGCUGAGGAUUACAUGAAGAAGAGCUUCCCAGAAAUGCACGAGUACAUGAGACGCUUCAAUGAGCCGACCACACCUGAAGGUGUCGCCACCCUAAAGACAGAUCCUCCACAGCUCGACGCCUUCAUCAUGGACAAAGCCCUGCUGGAUUACGAAGUUUCCAUCGAUGCAGAAUGUAAACUGGCAACUGUUGGGAAACCCUUCGCCAUCGAAGGUUACGGUAUCGGACUCCCCCAGAACUCUCCUUUGAGCUCCAACAUCUCCGAGUUCAUCAGCAGGUACAAGUCCGACGGUUACAUGGACCUGCUGCACGACAAGUGGUACAAAGUAGUUCCCUGUGGGAACCGAGUGUUCGCCGUCACAGAGACUCUGCAGAUGGGCAUCAGCCACUUCUCAGGACUCUUCGUGCUGCUGUGUGUCGGCGUGGCCGGAGCUCUGCUGACCCUCGCAGGAGAGCACGGCUUUUAUCGACUCGUCCUGCCCCACAUCCGCCGCAGACAGAACCUGAAAUACUGGCUGCACACCUCACAGAAAAUCCACCGAGCUCUCAACAUGACGUAUGAGGACGUGAAAAGGCAGCGAGCUGAGAAAGACAAAAGCUGCAAUCUGGAAAAGACCCCGACAGCUCCGGGCCCCCCCGGCCCACGGGGCCCUCCGGGGCCCCCGGCCUUCGGAGCUGCUGCUAAGUGGAACAACGAGACCAAUAAAGACGCUCCGGUUCCCACAGACGCCCGAGACUUCAAGCGGGUUCACUUCAGUCUGGAGACCCUGAACACCCGCCGCCUGCUGGCGCGCCUCGCCGCCUCAGAGACGAAGGGGGGCGGGGCUAAACCCGACAUGGAGGAGACUAUAGGGCCAAGGGGGGGGCCAACCAGCAGCUUGUGUGAGAAUGGAGGACCGGCAGCUUCCUUGGCCAGUCUGGUGCUGUCACUGCCCUCCUCUUCCUCGGCCAAACUUAAGGCCCCCCCCCCUGCUGCUGCGGUGACCUCCCCCCCAGCAUCUGCUAGCACCCCCACGCCGGAGCCGCCUCAGCCCGGAGAGCUGCAGGAGCUGCAGGAGCAAAUCGAGCAGAUGAGGGAGAAACUCAGGGCAGCUUUGGCUCGCAGGGCUGAGAUCCAGACCACGAUAGCCAAGCCCGUUCCCACGGCGACAACCAACCCACCUCCAGGACCCACAGCGACCACAGGGAACCCAGCCGACUCCGGACCCACCGUCACCACCACAACCAGCCUUUCUCCCCACAGGAAGAGCGUGACCACCAUGACAGACCCCCCCCACAAAGUGCUGUCCAAAGUCCCGCCCCUCCGCAGCAGACUGUCCAAUCAGCAGAGGUGAUUCCUGUGGACAGACGUCUGAACAGAGAGGGAAAGACACAGGUUUCGUUUUCUAACGGCAACAUCCUCAAAACCAAAAUAAAAAACAGCACAAAAAUGUUGUCAACGCAGCCCCUCGUUGUUCCACGUUGCUCAGAUUCCCUUUUUGGUUACAUUGUGGUUCUGUUAAAAGUGACCGACUUUUUAAAAAUCAUUCUUCACUUCAUUCACACGUUGUCUGAAAUUGUUCCUGUAGGAAAGUUUGUGUGAGUCAGAACAAUUUCAGGCAGAAUUAACAUUAAAAACUUCAGGACCGAGACAUCGGCCUUGAGGAACAUCUAACAAACAAUCUUUUUCUAUUUGUUGGUAAAAUCUCAAAUAUGCAAACAUGAAAACAGAUAUUGCUGCAGAGGUGAGACCAGUUUUAACAUGUUUUAUGUUUGUAGUCAGUGAGCCGACGUUUGUGUUUAAAUAAAAUUUCUGGUGUUUUUUGACUGCCGCCUGCCUUUCUUGUGGAGGCACCAGACUUCAUGAUCCUGUAGAAGCAGAAGUGGGAUGACGUCUGAUGAGCACCUCGGGACGUAAAGACAAGCGACCAACCGAUCACGUCGUCUUUGGUUUACCAUCCAGUAGAAUCAGGUUUUUAUUCGUGCUCUGAGGCAUUUUCUGGCCACUAUCUCAGGGAUCGAUGCUGAUGAGGCUUUCUUCAGGAGUCCACUGCUUUCAAAUGGCAGCUCAAUCAUCUGGUAGAUGUUCCACUUAGUUUAAUGUUUUAAUUGGCUUUUUGGGUUUGACUUCUAAUAAAUCAGAAAUGUGA